UAAAUUGGACCUUUGACCUAGACGUGGUAAGGCAUUAAUAAGAUUACUAAUCGCGUGUCAGGAAAGAACGAUAAGGUAGAAAAGUUCGUCAGAGUAGAACAAUCUACUGAAUAAUCGAAACUGUGUACACCAACAAUCCAAGAAAAAUCAGGUUCAAUUUAGCACAUACAUCAUGAAUUACGAAGGAUAUAGUAAUAUGUACCAUCCGAAUUCUCCACAGCAAAGCAACUAUUAUAACCCUUCCGAAAUUUGUAUAAUGCUAUCCCUGGUGGAACAGAUACCUACAGUGGCUAAAGAGCAUGGAGGAUUACACUGUUCAUUGUGCUUAAAUGCAAUAGUUCAGUCUACCAAAAUUCCCUAACAGCAGAUAAAAAUGGACAAAAGUGGCAGUAAAAUGAUGUAGUGUAAAUGGAAGAAAACAAAAUGGAUAAGACUCAGAAUUUGGAAGAAGAUGAAAACUAAGCACGUCUCAGUUAUAGUGAUUGACCUCUGUCCAUUUCACAAAACCCACAUUUGACGAUUUCUAACAUUUUGGGGACUACAGUCAAAAUAUUUCCACUUGUCUACAUAGUUCAAAGCAAUAUCUCAUCGACUGAUUUUGUGUUUUGGACUGAAUACUUCAGCGUAAUCACUUAAGAACAAAACUUGGACAUCAUGCAGUUUAGUCAGUUUUCAUACGAAAAUACAAUUCCGACCCCAACACGACCUCUUAAUCUCCCUUUCUCUCAAGCACCGUAUUCAUCCGGUCCAGUUUACAAAGGGCAAGAAGAAGAUUACGAAAAUGAACCACCCUUGUUAGAAGAACUUGGCAUCAAUUUUAGUCAUAUUGUUCAAAAAACAUCAUCUGUCCUACUACCUUUUAAGGAAAGUUCUCAAGAAGUUUUGGAUGAUACGGACUUAGCUGGACCUUUGGUUUUCUGUUUGCUCUUUGGUUGCACUUUACUAUUCGCUGGAAAGAUCCAUUUCAAUUACAUCUAUGGAUUAGGAGUAUUUGGUUGUGUAGGAAUAUAUCUGUUGCUGACACUUAUGACACCAAGAGGAGUUACUCCGACUUGUGUAGUUUCAACUUUAGGAUAUUGUCUACUUCCUAUGUGCCUACUUUCAUCAAUCGGUAUUGUCAUCUCUCUCAAGUCAGUAUUAGGCGCUGUGAUAACAAUAGCGGUUGUUUUCUGGUGUACAGUCGCAUCCAGCAAGUUAUUUGUUCGUACUCUCGAUAUGCAAAACCAACGCAUUCUUGUUGCAUAUCCUUGUGCCUUAGUUUAUUGUGUGUUUGCACUUUUAGUUGUUUUCUAACUUAACUUCCUGUUUUAAUCAUUUUUUCCUGAUUAAAACCCUUGUAUUGUGAGUAUCUGGUGGUAAAAAGUAAUACUGAUCUGUGGGUUCCAUCCAUAUAGUGUGAAGCAUGUAAAGUCGAUGGCUGGCAAAAAUACUGUCAUUGAUAUAUUUUUCAUUUCGCUAUAUAUCCAACUUGUAAAGAUUAAUUUGAGUGUCAAUAUAUUUCUUAAUUAAAUGUAUUUCUAAGUUGUCUGAUUAAUAAAAUUAGGCCAAGGCAUUAGUAAU